GACAGCCCGAAGGAGAGGCACGUGGCUCGAUCGGGGAGCCGGCGCUGGAGCCGCGGAGGCUGGGGGCUCUCUUUGGGCUCGGUCGCUCGGCCGAGCAAGCUGCACUACAAGCCCCAGGGUGCCUUGCUGAGCGAUCGCUGGCCGGGGAGAGCAUGCAGAGCUCCGGCAGCACCCAGCAGGGCCGCCCCCUGCCUCCCGAUCCCCGGGAGAGCGAAGAAGGAGAGGAGAGCGGCGGCGCGAGAAGCAUGUGGGUGUUUGGCUACGGCUCCCUCAUCUGGAAGGUGGAUUUCCCUUACGAGGACAAGAUGGUCGGGUACAUCACGGGCUACAGCAGGAGGUUCUGGCAAGGCAGCACGGAUCACCGCGGAGUGCCGGGCAAGGUGAGCGGCGAGAGGUUGGGAGAGGAUGGGGAAGAGGCAGGCAGGCAGUACUCGGGGGUACCUCGCGGUUCUCCGUCCGUGGGAAGGGCGCACUGGAGUUUGGCGGAGUUGCAGAGGACUGAAUUGCGCCGCCAACUCAUCGCAGAGGCGCUGGGGAGCUAGCCCCGCUACCAUUUGCCCGGUCACCGCAGGUACACAAGCGCCAAGACGGCUGUCUCACAAUAAGAGUGUCUCUCUGUUUUCCCCGCGCGCAGAGAAGUCCCCAGAAACCAGACGCGCUUUCACACUUACAUCCCAGCGCUUAUUACCGCUCGGGUUUACUCUUGUCAACGCACAACCAUGUGGGUUUUGUAACCGUUCACUUUCCUGCAAACAUUUUCCACGCAAACACGCACGCAUGCUUUUCACUCUCCAUGCCACGCAAAAGCCGGUUGGCAAAUCAGUGCAACCACCGAUGCAAGAUGCUCGCAUUUUCCUGAUUGUGCUGAAAGGGGUGGAAUUGAGCCUGGCACGGUUCAUUUCCGAAGCCGGUACGAGAGGACAGUAGAUGAACAUUAGAGAGAACAUUUGAGGAUGUUGGCACAGUUCCCAAGACGGUUCUUCCUUGUGUACCUUUGCUUAAUUGCUGUACAUUGGGUCACCUCUUACAUAAGCUAUACACCCUCAGCCGGUUAUGCUAGGCACCAAACAGGGCGGGUUACUAUUAAAUUUUCUUAAAAGACCAGGGUGGGUGUUGAGACAGACAGACACACACACACACACACACACACACACUUUAUAGUUAAGCAACUUUUGCAAACCUUUGAAUGAGAAGACUCUGGCACUGUUCAAGCCUGAGGUUUGUCCCCUAUUUUGGGGAGCACAAAGGAUGGAGGGCUUCCCAUCUUCAGUCAUGUGUCACUGCAUUAUGUCAGCAUCUACUGCACCUACUUUUUCUUGAAUAUUUGUCAGGAAAAAGUGGAGUUUUAAUCUGGGUAUAUCUGUUAGGGUAAACAAACAGAAGUCCUAGUUUGUUUGUUUUUCAAAGAACAUUAUAGAUUCAGAGCCCAAUCCUGUGCAUGUUUUCUCAGUAGUAAGUCAUGCUGAAUCCAAUGGGGUAUUUCCUGAGAUAUUUCGGAUAGAAGGGAGAGAGGUUAUGUUGGGAAAUAUUUAGGUCAACUUCCUUUUCUUAGGCAUAAAAAGAUAAGGUUGAUGUAUGUGUUUGGAAGAAUCGCAGAGAGCACUGUAGUUAGGGGGAAAUGCUCUCCCUCAUCAAAAACUCCCCCCAACUGGAAACCUAGCACAUUAGGGAAGGUUCUAGCCUAGUCUCAUCCCUAAAAUACUCAUUCUUUCUGUGCAGAGAUGUUUUGAUUUGGAAAAGCAAGCUUUGGCUUCCCAAAGUGGCAUGCUAACAGAAAAAUACGAUGCAAUUCUUCUGAACAUGCAACUCAGUACUUACACCGAGAAUAUUGGAAACAAUAGCUAUGUUGAAUCCCAUGUGGAAUUGCAAGCUACUCCCUGGCUAAACUCUCUCCCCCGCCUCCCCAAUAUUUUAUUACAAGUGACUUAAGCAGGUAUAUGGGUUUCCCUUCUUAUGAUGCUGGAGUUUGUUGAGGCCCAACACAACGAUUCUGUAGUUCUUGCCCCUAAAACUCCGCUUAAAGCACACCCCGUACUCUCAUUUUCCCAUUCUUCUGUCAAGGCUAAUGUUGCUGUUGUCAAAAAUUCAGAUGGGGGUGGGUGGUUCCCAAACAAUUUUAUUUCUUUACAUGGGGAGCUUGCUGUGAAGACAGAGAUCUUCCGUCCUCUUUUAUUUUGUAUUACCUGUCCAAAUAGCUAAACUUAGUUACUAACAUACCAGAUAAUGUCGCUAAUCCAGUUAUCAGUACAGCUUCUCUUACAGUAUUAUAUUCCUUAUUUUCCAUUCAAUAUGAAUAUAAUCCUGCCUAUAAUGUUGAACCCACUGCAAAUCAAUUUCAUGAAUGACUUCAACUUCAAGUAUUGAGUCUUAAGAGGAAAAUAAUUUCUGUAUACGCUAUCUACACCAUCCCUACCUUUAUAAGCUACUAUCAAGUCUCUCUCUCCACCCCUACAUUUUUUUCUUAAUCCCCUCACUCUUUUUUAGAGAUCCUUUUCAGAGUUUGCUUGGGAUUUCACCAUCCAGGAAAGAUUGGUAGUGUACACAAACUUGUCUACUUUACUCUAGAUCACUGUUCAGAGAUCUCCUUCUCUCUAGCAAACAUUGGCCCAAUAACAGUGUCUUCAUGUUUUUUAAUACUAAAGUGCAUUUAGAAUCAUAGCCAUAAUUAUAUUUGUAGCAUUAUCUUCAGCUUCAUGUCACAAUUGAUAAAAUUAAGGCUGUUAGCUACUAGAAAAAUAUCUAAGCAACUCACAUCCAUUAUAGCUAGUGUUUGUAUGAGUUUCAGUAUGCUAUUAGCAGUAUAAAGAACAUAAAUAUUUCAUCCACCCAUCAGAAGUUUGUGCAUCCCAAAUUUCUGAGGAACUCUCGGAAACUGUUCCAUUUCAUGGAAAGUGCAUUUUUAAAGCUACCUCAAUGGAAAUAAUAGAUUUUAAAGUACUUUGAAGUACUUUGAAACCCGAUGUGCUUCUCACUAUACAAGGGCUAUAGAGCUUAUAUAAUUCUAAAUAGCAUUUGUUGAGCUAAGGAAACAAUGGGAUCCAGAAACGUCCAGAAAUCUAAGAGAAUGGCAUUGACAGGGCUGGGCUAUGUUAUUUACAGCUGCAUAUGCGGCAAAUUAUUCAGUCAUCAGAAGUACUUAGCUGACUGUCAACAUACAUGAAGCAACACUUAGAAAUAAUCGGCAUUAUUUUGUGAAUGAGAAUAUGCCAUAUUGUUGUUUAUUGCAGCUUGUGCCUUUCAGAACCCCUUACUUUACAUUUACCAAAUUCACAUCUCUAACCUGUAGUCCUUAAAAUAGACUUCUGGAAAUCAUUUUUAGGUGCAUCAUAAUAUUUUGUGAAAACACAGCCAUAAAUCUACAGAAAAAUGCUAAAUUGAUAUAAUGUAUGUUGCAUUUUUCCUUUUGUUCUGCAUGAACAAGAAGUUUGCAACAAAGAUUAAGAUUGACAAUCUGACUCAAAACUGCAAGACAGACAACAGCUUGUUUUUUAAAAAGAAAAAACAGGUACAACAUGCAAUUCAAUUUAUUGUACAAAACAUUAUUAAUGACUACUCUGGGUAAAACUGUUUCUUUAAACUGCCAAUUGAAUUAAACUGAGCCAAGUGUUGAUUAGUAUUUGAUGUUCAGAAAAUAUAUAUAAAUGGCUGUUCUUUAGAAGAGCAGGGAGACAGUAACUACAUACAAAUUCUAGUGUACCUCAUUCUUAUUUCCAUUUUGUUGACAACAGCCUUAGGUCACAUAGUGAGUUCAUAACUGAGGUUAGACAUCAGCUCAAUAUAACUAUUUAAGGCCGAUUCUAAGGACUGGUUCAGAUAUAAGAUCUGGUGCUAAAUUCCUCUGCUAAAUACCUGGGGAGGGUACCCAGUUCUCAGGAACAUACUGUACAUGCAAAUACCACCAGUGAAUGAAGUUAGCAUACUGAGAUUACUUUAAUGAACCUGUUCUCAAACAACAUGUCUGCACAAAGCUUUAAUAUUACCUAGGAAUCAGGGUGUCCCCAACUAAGAGGAAAAAUGUUUCUGGUGAUAAAGACAAAAUUUAAAAGUACGUGGUUUACUCUUUUAUAGACCAUGCUCAGAACUGUGUGUGCUAAACUGUAUGCUAACUGGAUGCUAAAAUAUUAAAAUUCUGCACCCAGGCACUUUUAGUUUUGCUCCCAGAAAAAAAAUUGCAGUUUUAUUUUGUGUACAGUUCUGCAAUGUCUGUCAUUUUAGAUCAAUCAUUAUGGUUCUUGAUUGUCAUAGACAAGGCAUUGACACACACAUGCACAUACAUUCUGUCUUGCUUGUAGGAUUUCAGCAGGUAUUGCUCAAACACUUCCAAUUGUAUUUCCAUCAUAAAGGCUAGAAUUUUACUUUUAAAAAAAUACAGGAAGCUGGGUUCUGAGCCCUUUACAUUCUGGAACUUUUCUAGAUUUAGUAAUAUCCAACAGCAAGUAAUUGACUGCUCAAAAAUGCAUUGUGCCUAGUAGUUCUUAAAGGUUAAAACAAAAAUCUGUUGCACUCCAAUACUGCUUUAAACAAGCAUGAUAUAACCUAAAAAUGGGAGAAUAAAAAAUGAUCUAUGGCAAUGCUGAAACUUUCAGGAGAGAAAAUGUUCGCACAAGCCUUAUUUUCUUUUUGGACUUGGGUUGCUCUCCUAUUUUGUUUCCAUUAAAAAAAAACCUUCUGAAAUGGGUAAUAAAAGAACAAUACUUUUUCAUAUCAAAAAGGAAAAAAACAGCUUCUUGCUUCCCCCUCCCAAUAUAAACACAGAAAAAUAAUCAGAGUUACACUAAACCAAUUUAUCUAGCACAUAUGAAUUCCACAAAAUCUGUAUUUAAGAGUGCAAUGCACUUGCCUCCUAAAAGGUAAUGCACUAAAUAAAGCAGUAAAAAUAAUAAUUCCACUGGGGGGGGCAGGUUGCAAUAUAUCUACCACAUCAGAUCGAAGGUCCAUCUAGUUGAGUAUUCUGUUUUCUCCAGUGACCAAUUCUAUCUUGGCUUAUAUUUUUCCUAAUGGCAACAGAACUCCAGCAGCUGCAUAAUAAUCAGAAGUCAGAAAUUGUUGUGCUGAAUAUCUCACAUAUAGUUCAAAAGAUUCCUUAAGUACAUGUGAAACAUAGGUGAGCAUUGCAGUUAAAAAAAUCUUAAUUCCAAUUUGUUAACUGCCGGUUGGGUUUAACACUGCUUAGUCCCGCUGAAGUCAGCAAAAUUAAAUAGAAAUAAAUCCAAACAAUUAACUUCUAAGCAGUUUGUAGAUUUGGCUCUAGGCACAUUGGUAUUUCUUCCACUCAUGCCCAUUUUUUUCUUUCUGAUAGGCACUUUCAGUUGCUGUGAAGAGGACUGAAAGAGUAUUAAAUGAUAGGAAGUCUAGAGUAAGGCUGCUGCCCUGCCUUCCAUCAUUGCUCACUUACAGAGAAGGGACGGGUGAACAGGCAGAAGUACAGCAGGUCCAGGGGACUCCUAGUUAUGUGCCCAACCGUGUUAUCCCAUGAUGCUGCCCUUUCAAACACCAUAGGGCACCAUUCCUUCAGGUGCAUCUAUGUCCUCCUGCUCACUACCAUUAUGUUCCAGCCAAGCUGCAAUAUGGGCUCUGCAGCAAACAGAUGAUCGUAGGUCAGCUAGCUGGCUGCUACCCACCUCAACUGUUCCCUGUUUGCAACAAGGGUUAGGGCAUGUAUGCCGACAUUUUAAGCUGUGGCAGCUAGCCUGCCGCUCUCCAGACAACUGUUGGGCUACAACUCCCAUCAUCCCUGACAAUGGGCCAUGGCGGCUGGAGCUGAUGGGAACUGGAAUGCAACAACAUCUGGAGGACCAGAGUUUAGUCACUUUUGGUUUAAGUAAUACGCAGUUUGGCUCUAGUCUAGGGUUAUCUUCUCCUUUUCCUUUCUCUCCUCUUGUAUUCAAAUGCACCACAGGGAGAAGGUAGGCCUGCUCAUUCUAAUCCAGAAUAAGGACAUGCACCAUUUUGGAUAUAGUUACCCAUAUUGUAUGUGUCUCAUUUUAGCUGUCCCUUCUUCCAGUGCUCUCAAUGUGGUUUACAUAUUUCCCACCCUCUUAUAUCCUCAUAACAAGUAUGUGUGAUAGGUUAAACACAAGACUUCUGACUCAGGAUUGAACCCAGUUCUCCCCAGUCCUAAUCAGACACUGUAACAACCAAACCAUACUAGCUCUGUUAUCCCUGGUUAGAACGAUAAAAAGUAAGUCCAAUCCGUAGUUGGGAAGAGGAGGAAGCAUUCAAUCCUGUAGUCCAUUCCAAGUUUUUACUCCCCAAUUAACUUUUGAGUUGCACCGCAUCUGCACUAGCUUCAAGACACAACUUUUUGGUCAGUGUUAUGUAAAUCAUUAGAGAAAGCACUAGUAAGUGUUGAGCCUUUAACUGGGCCAUGCAGUUGUCAGGCUCGUAGUGUGUCUGCCCUAAGCACAGAUUUGAUACAGUACCACGCAACAUCAGAAAUAAAGGUCACACUCUUCCAAAUGGAUUGUAUUGGUUUGAUAGUCUUGUGGUCCUCUUUUUAAAUAUAUAUAUUUCCAUUUUUGCUACUGAUUUAAUAAUAAAAACUUUUUACUGUGAUAUUUCUUUUAAUUUUAGCCUGGAAGAGUUGUGACACUUAUUGAAGAUCCUGAGGUAUAGUAGAUUCUGUUUUUAUAUACCAUUUAGUAUAUACAUUCUUCCGGAAAAACUCAGAAGCAUAUUUUGAUAAUACUGUACAGCUGUAUUUCUUUAAUUUUGAAAUACAGAAAAAGUAACAUGGGCUGCAAUCCUAUGCACUUACCUGGGAGCAAGCCCUACAGGACACAGUGGGACUUAGUUCUGAGUAAACAUGCAUAUAAUUUUAUAGUUAAUAAAGCUUACAAUUUUUAUCCAGAGAAACUCAAGAACUAUUUAUUUAAGCCCAACCCGUUUCUUCAGAUAUAUGUUCCUUCCCAACAGUACGCAAGACUGUUUAACCAGGGGUAGUCAACCUUUUGGAGCCCAUGGGCAUAUUUGGAAAAAUUGUAAUGGGCAGCAUACCCAGGCACACAACAUUCUUUGCCUGCCCCUGCCUUCUCCACCAUCAGUUAGGCCCGAAAUAAAGUGUAAUUUGCUUGGGAAAUGCAGCUGGAGAGGGCUAACCCCUCCCCAGCUACAAUCUCCAUAAAGAUCAUCCUGUCUUGAGUUGUAAUUAUGCUUCAAGUAAGUUUUCCAUUGGCUACAGAAGACUUCUUUGAAGCUUAAUUGCAAUGCAGAGCAGGAUGGUGAGGGGGCCUGGGAAGCCUUGGCGAGCUGUGUGGCAACCACACAGUUUAAGUCAUUUCCCGGAGGAAGGUAGUUCAUAUGUCCCUGAAGAGGAGUCUCUUGAUUCACACAGGCUGGCCUCUAAUAAAUCAGUUCCUGUGCACUUUUGAAGACUCCUGUUUUCUGUACUUGAGCUUCCAUGUAGGCCACACAGGAGGGGACUUCCUCUCCUCUGAAGGCAGCAUGGCAACAUAGGCUACUAGCCUCUUAGGAGGCUAGCAAAAAAAACAAAAAAAGGCAGGCUAGUGACUUUUGUGGCUGCAGUAAACCUAACAGUUUGACACUGCACCAAAAGAAAUUAUGACCUUCCCUUCUCUCCGUGAUUUGUGUAGCCACAAGACAUUAUAUUGCAGCCAAUGACCCUCUUUCAUCAUGGUUGGGACAUUAUCUCAGCAAGCUGCUGUUAAGUCUGUGAUUGCCCUCGGAGGGAGGGAGGGGUGUUUAAACAUCUUCCAUGCUCACUGAUGAACUUCAAAAAAUGCUUCCUUGACCCAAACCUGGCCAUGGCUAUACAGAAAGGGAAAGAAGGCUUUGGCCUCAUCCAUCAGCCAGGUGAACAAAAGCCACAAACAUCUGUUUAACACCAGCAAGGGAAAGACAGUCCGGCCCACACUAGACACCAUUGCCCAUAUAUAGCGUAACUGUCCUGGCUUGGAAGAAGUGAUCUCCUCUUCUACAAAUAAUAAAAAUACGGAAAACGAACAAGAAUAAAAAUGGCCAGUUCACCCUUUAUUUUUCUUGUAAUGUGUAGCUCUACCUGUAGAUUUCAAAGGGGACUGGGGAGGAGAUAUGGCAAGAUACACUCACAAUAUUCAGAGACCACUUUUUUUUCUUGCCUAACCUGCUGGUUAUCCAAGGCAGAUUCAACACUCCCUCUAAAAUGAAAGAUACACUUUUGAUCCAUAAUUCCAACACACACUUUAGUAGUUAGGUAUACUCUUCAUUUUUAACUCUUUCCUCAUUCCUAGCAUAGCUAUCAAUUUUUAUGCAAGAACUUUGAUAUCCAUACCUCCUGUGAAUUUGUAUGGUGCUUUAAAGGUAUUUUUUGAUCAUUGCCAAUGGCAGAAUGCUUUUAUUUUUAUUACAUCUGUUAAAAUCUGCUUGGAAUACAAUGUGAAGAAAUGAACAGAAAGGUUCCUUCCCUAUGACUUGCUGAAUUAGGUGCAGUGUAGUAGUAUGACUGUAAUUCUCUGCACCAUUAUAAGCCCUGGUGAACACUGUACUACUUAUUCCAAGAAAACAUGCCUAAGAUAGGACAAAAAACAAGGGCCAUGAAGUUUCUAUUUCAAAUUAGUGGUGAGCUUAAACCCCUCUUUCAUCUAUUUUCUGCCCAUCUUUCCACUUGCAAUAUGAAGGUGAAGGGUGAGCCAUUUUACCAGACUAUUGCAAUGGUUACUGAGAUAAUGGCUGCAUUCACAUGUCAUACUAAGCCAUAGUUUGGACACUGUAUGAACCAUAGCAAGCUGUGGGUUUGCAUGCUUCCAUCCUGUGCAGCUAACAACAAGAAUUGGGAAGUUCUUGCUUCCAAUUAACUACAACUCCCUGUGUGAUUUAAACCAAGAAAUGUGGCUGAUGCUACUCAUGGUUAAUUUAAACAAACCAGCUUCAGAAACCAGACUUAGAAGUUUGUUUGUUUGAAAUUAAUCAUAGCUUAGCUUUGUAAAAGAACAUGCCUGUAUUAUCUUAAUCAAGUAGGUCUCACCACAACACUCAUAGUUUGUAUCAACCAGUUUGCCAUACAACCAUGGUUAAUAAUACUAAUAAUUUAUUAUUUAUACCCCACCCAUCUGGCUGGGUUUUCCCAGCCACUCUUAAGGUUAAGGCAAAGUAAAAGCUUUACUCGUCCUCCUGGCCACCAGGUAGGAACACACAAGCCUGGUGUUUGCUGCCACUUGUGCAUGUCAUGUUAAAUCAUGGUUUAGUAUGUCAAAGGUGUAAAAUUCAAAAUAGCAGUAUUGUUGUUCUUAAUAUUUUAGCUUAUUCGUCAGUCAUAAUCAUCCUUUUGUAAUGUGGAUGGUGUUGCAUAACCAGCCAUUGUUGCUCUCCCCUGGACUUUACCCACUUUCACUGUAGGCAGUGACACCACUCAUUUCUAAAUGUUAAGAGCAGAUUUGAGUGCAACACAGCUUAGAAACUGAAACAUGGAACUUUCCAUUUGCUCGGAAAAAAACUGCUUGAAUCUCAGAAAGUUUCCCUGUAAUGCUAACACUGAAUUGAGAUCAAUGUAAUAGCUGCUAUAGACUUAAACCAUUUUUUGUAGUUGACAAGGCCAGCAAAAUACAGCAUAGUGUCAGCCAUUGUGAAUUUUCUGUACCUUUCUGGUAUGUUUUUUCACACUGCUGUGCAGUUGGGACCCCAUUAUGCUAACAGACAGAUUCCUCUAUAAGCAAAGAAUAGUUCAGCUUGUGUGUGUUUUCUCCCUCUACUGUAUUUGUCCUGGUAAAACAAACUAAUUCAGAUCAAUGCAAAUAACAACUUUUAUAUCUAUAGUCUGUAAACAAUCUUCAAUUAUUAGUGUACCACUAAAAGUGCAGUAAAAAUAAGAAUAAAACUUCUAACUAGCAAUUUUCUUAUUUCAUUUUAAAUAUCACUACACUAGCACAAUCAGACCUGUUUCAACAGUACAGUACUUACAGGGUUACAUGUUAGCUUAAGCAGGGUGAAAAAGCAAGACAAGUCUGGAAAAAAACAAGAAAGGGGGAUUUCCUAAUAUUUAACAGAGUUACUAACCACACACCAGAUAAACAUAACAUUGACUAAGUCACUUUUAAACACAGGUCUCUUUUAGACCAGGACUAGAUACUACAUAGCAAUAACUCAGUGUGGUGUAGUGUUGGAUUAUGGCUGCAGAGACCAGGUGCAAGUUCCCUCCCAGCCAUGAAACUCACUGGGGGACCUUGAGCCAGUUGCUGUCUCUCAGCCUAAUCUACCACACAGGAUUGUUGUUAGGAUAGAAUGCAGAGGGAGAGAGCUAUGCACACCACCUUGAACUCCUUGGAGGAAAGGUGUAAUAUAAACAUAAUAAUAAAUAAAUCUUUGCCAGGUAAUACCUUCCUUCUGGUAGCCUUUCCCCCCCAGCCAGACUUUGAGACCAGAUAUAAGCCUGUGUGGGCAGGAUGAAGAGAGGGGUGUAGGCUCUCCAUUUUCCCCUACAAAUACCCGACAUGUCGUCACCAGUAUUACCCAGGAAAUACGGGUUUUGGAACAUGUAGUUGUAACUUCUACACCCAGAUUUCCUGGAUGUUUCAUGAAGGAGACAUUGCAUGUAUGCACUAUGGAUAUAAACUCAUCUGAAAACCUUUCAAGCAGGGAUGUGACCCUCCUGAUAUUGUUGUUGCACUCUAACUCCCAUCAGCCCCAAGAAGGAUGCCAGGGGACAAUGGGAGUUGUAGUCAAACAACAUGCAGAGGGCCAGAUUCCCCAUCCCUGAUUUAAAUUGCUUCCUUUUGCACCAUUAAAGUGAAGUAUGUUUUACCUUCCUGGUUGUGUUCUUCAACAGGGCUGUGUAUGGGGUGUUGCAUACAAACUGCCACCAGGACAAGAAGGCGAAGUAAAAGCAUAUCUUGAUUUCCGAGAGAAAGGUGGCUACAGGACUACAACUGUCAUUUUCUAUCCGAAAGAUCCCUCAGUGGAGCCCUUUGAUGUGCUGUUAUAUAUCGGAACCUGCGAAAACCCCAACUACCUUGGACCAGCACCUCUAGAAGAAAUUGCCAAACAGAUUUUUAAUGCAGUUGGUCCCAGUGGAAGAAACACAGAAUACCUGUUUGAACUCUGCAACUCCCUCAGGGAUCUCGUGCCAGAAGAUGUAGAUGAACAUCUUUUUACUUUAGAGAAACUAGUAAAGAAACUCUUAGAACAGGAAGAAAGCAAAAAUGUCAAUUCCAUAUAAUAAUCACCUUGUGGUUUCAAACAGUCUCUUCAUCAUCAGGAGAACGGUUUCACUGAUGACAGUAGUAUGAUUUCAAGAUGCUCCAUGUGGACUUUGAAUAUAUUAAUUUUCAUGUUUCAUUCAGGGCGCUACUGUCAUUGAUCAGUAGAAAAUUAUGUUUAAAGCUAUGUCUUCAGGAGUUUAAGGGAGGAGGAGCUUUGAAUUUUGGUAAAAUUUUAAAGAAUGCAUUUCUCUCAGUUUCUCAGAUAUGAAGAAAUAAUUUAUGCCCAAUUUAAGUUUGAGGGAAAUUUUUAUUGAUUUCAAGUUAUUUAGAUUUUUCUUCCUUUUAAAAAAAUAUAGUUUGGGACUAGAUCCUGCACUCAGACAGACUAUGGAUGCAAUCCUAUACAUAUGUGCUCAGGAGCAAGUCUCCUUAAACCAGGCAUGGCCAAAAUUGGCCCCCCAGUGGUCAGGGAUGAUGGGAAUUGUAGUCCGAAAACAUCUGGAGGGCCAGGUUUGGCCAUGCCGGCCUUAAACAAAGUUAGACCUGCUUUUGGGAGUAAACGUACAUAGGAUUGAGCUGUAUGUGUUACAUUAGACCUCAACUACACUUAUUUAAGAGCAAUCCCAGUGGGACCAGUCUAUAAUGGUUUGUGGAUUAUAGCACUGACAUGGAAAUCCUAUGUACACUUACUUGGGAAUAAGUCCCAUGGAAGUUCAACUGAUUUCAAAGUAAACUUCAUAGGAUUGCACUGUAAGCAGCAGUUAUUCCUAUGCAAAGACUAGGAUAUUUUAAAAACAACUCACUACAGGAUAUUUUUCAUUUCGUUCAUGAGUCAGCAGUUAGUUUAUAUAUAAACUACCUGCCUUUUGAUAAAAUGAGCAAAUAUUUGCAUGAGAAGGAAACUGCACUUUCCUUUUAGGAUGUAGGAAGACCUAUAGAAGCAAUGUGUAACUCAAAACAUAUUGGUGCCUUAUAUUUUCAUCACAAUACCUUUUUAAAAACAAGUUAGGGAUAUGACUUGAAUUUACAAUAGCAAGAAUGUUCAGAAACUCCCAUACUUAAUCACUAGGCAUAGUAUUUUCACAACUAUCCUAUGACUAAGUGCACACACAAUAGUGUGCAAGAAUCCCCCCCCCCCCCGGUCUAUCUUGGGUCCGGUCACUUGUCAGCUUAAUCACAGAUUUGUAUUACAUAUUUAUCAACACUAAAUUAUCAUUAACACUAACUAUACCUUCUCCAAACCAGGAUUUGCAAUCCCCGAUUAAUAUGGGAACCUUAGGCAACUAUUGGUGCAGAUUUAAUGCUGAACUAUGGUAAAAAGCAAAAAGGUGGAAGAAGUGCAGAAGCUCACAGCUCACUCCCAAUCCAUUAUCCAUAGGUAAGAGAUCAGCAGUGUUAUGUCUGCACUAGACCAAAGACUUCAAAGGGAACACUGCAGAAUAAACUCUUUGAAGAUUGCAGGUUACUAGUAAACCGACUUUCAGCAGCACUUACUCUCAAGUCAGUGGCAAGGAUUUAAAGAUCUGUUCUUUGCAGCCUGUGGUGCUUUGUACUUACAUUUCUUAACAAGCACCCCACCCACCCCUAUGGUGCAUGACAAAACACUUCUGAAACUGGGUGAAGUUUCAAAAGUAUUUUUAACAUGUCAUGGGGGAUUGGUUUCAGAGCCAAAGUCAAAAUUCCCACUGGGUAAGCACAGGUAGACUGUUGGGGUUGCCUAAAGUACCUCUUUGCAUACAGACUAUUAUGUUUGGGAUUGAGAUCCAACUUGCAUAGCAGGUUAAUCUCAGCCAUCAUUUAGGCACUUCUGAAAUUUCUACUCCAUUUGCCAUCCUUUGUCUGCACAACCUCCACCCAAAUGGAUGGGCGCUGUGUUAACUUUUCUAAGGGAUAAAUGAUGGCCUCAUUAUUGCAAUAGAUUCGCAAAGGAGUUUCCGUCCCAACUGUGAAUUUCCUUGCUUCUCAUAGUUUAAGUUAUUUUCUUUAAGCCUUCAACAGAAGCAUAUUUUUGUAUUUUAAUAUAUAUAGAUAUAUAUAUAGAUAUAAAGGUUCUCUUCCAAGUGUCAAGUGCUAUUCCAUUUUCUCAUAACAAAAUGUGAUUCUGUAUUUCCUUCCAUUGUUCAUACUGAAGCCUGUAUGACUUUGCAUCAGUAACAGAACAAUUAUUUAUGUUUUGUGUCCAUAAACCAUCUCUCUUCCUUUUUAUUAGUUGCUUGUAAAAUGUUCCAUUGCAUUCCUUUGUGUGUGAGAGAGAGAAAGAAUGUAACACCUGUUCAAUAGACUGAGAAAAAUAUUUUUGUUGGGG